CGUGGGGGUCAACGUACGACGGGUGACGUGUCCUGUCCUGAUAGAACCGUCUGGAAAGUUAACAACAUAUCUUGUUAUACACUAAAUGGCCUUCGGGAAAAACUAACUCCGGUUUACUCCACUAGCCUCUCUUCGCGGUUUGUCAAAGUUCCUUGUACUAUUUUGGCAGUGUUCAAUUAAAAUUCAACCCACUGACACUCCUUAUCAGGACCUUCUCUGCAUUUUUAGGAUACCGUUUUUCAGAUAAACCUCACUCUUACACCUUUAUGGUGGAUAGAUUAACCCCCAUGCUAAAUGGAAUCGACAUGUAACACCGCGGGUAACUAGAUGACGUAACGCGCAGCAGAACUUUAGUCAUUUCGUCUCAGGUCUCCCAGCGUGCGGUGGUCAGGACUCAGAGCAGGUUGUUGAUUUGCAGGACUUCUGGUCGAAACAGUGUUGACUGAUCAUGUCGAUAAAGAGCAAAGUGGGGACGGCGGCAGCCAUCAUGGCCAUGGUUUUUGUACUUGUCUACGCUGAAGAUGCACCCGCUGAAUUAGAUUUGGCCUCGACAGCAUGUGCCGAGGGUGAAGUACCUGACGGACUAGGACAUUGCGUUGCAUGUGAUACAUGCAGGUUGUAUCCGGACUCGCCAUACUGCACACUCUGCGGUAACCCAGGAAAAGUUACCAAGACGCCUGACCAAUGGAAGGUCGGAGUGGGUAUUGGGGUGCCUGCCCUGGUGAUUUUUGCCACGCUGGCGGUGCUGCUGUACAGGCUGUGGUACAAGAGGCGCCAGGAUGAGGAAAAGCAGAUGGGCCAAGGGAACCAAGGUGGCGCUGUGCAGAUGCCAGUUGCUCCCCAGAUCCAAGACAACCAAGUAAGAAUCCAACUAGACGGACAGGCCAGGAGGCCCCAAGGACCUCAAGUCACCAUCCGAGCCGAGCAGGAGACCGGUGAGGAAAGUGCUGGAUUCGAACCCUCGAUCCCAAUACAGGCGGAGGAUGCUGCUGCUGGAAAUUUCGCUGGAACAGCUCCACCGACAGGACAACAGCUACAACCUUCUGAUGAGGAGAUGCCCCUGAUCUCACACGAUGACAACGCUGCUACUGUACCCAAGUAGAUGGCAUUGAAGAAAGUGUGCAGAACCUAUUUCCAGGCAUAGCUGCAGGGAGGGAGAAGCUUGUAUUGUCCGUGACCAUACCAUUUUCUCCCCUCAGCCAUGCCUGUUCUAGUAGGGUCCUCACAGAGCCACCUAAAACACGAAGGGUGGACAAAGUGUCCUGGACACAAACACGGUCUCCACGAGUAAGAAUGCCCAGCUGGCAGAACAGAAGAACAAGUUCUCAGUUGAACAUGUCGUGGGGCCGUAAUAAGGUCAAACGCGAAGGUUGGCCAAGAUGGAAGGUCUAGAAGUCUGUCAUUUUGUGACAAGAAAGGCAACAUGGAAACAGUGAUUAAUCUUCAGUUGUUGGAAGCUAUUAGAACAGCCGUUACAAUUUUUCAUUUUAACACUGAGUCCGCAUGGUAGCAUGUUCUCAAAACUGACCAAAAUCGAUUUCUAAAGAGAACUAAAAGAAAUCAGGCAAGAGCAAUAGAACACAUGUCCAGAGUGUUCAAACUGUUUAUUAUCAGACCUACACAUUAGUUGAUCAGCUUGUUGCGUGUAUCCUCAAGCAAUAAGUCAACAAGGUGAUUCACUUGAGUCAAUAUUUGAAGUAAAAAAAACAAGACCUAUGAGUCACUGUCACAAAUGCUCUCUGUGCCCUUGAUGAUUUCAUGUCCAGCCAAUAGUCACAUUAUAUCUGUAAAAGUUGAAAUGCUGUGAAGUAAAGUUGGAACAACUCUUCUGCAUAUGUAUGGUACUCCUAUAUAAAUCGCUAUGUGCAAACACGCUGUAAA